AGUUACAAAGACCUCGAAACUUUCUUACGUUUUUAAAUUCAAGUUUUUCUAGUUUUCUAGGUUUAGAUGUGACAGAUGAAAUGCAUAAAUGAUGUGUAGUGAACGUUAUAAAAUAAAGCGUUAACGUUUGUGUGAAGAACUGUUAAUGCGACUGCAAUUUUAAGUAAUAUAAACGAUGGUGCCUCAGCAGCAAAGGCGAAGGCGUCGACGGGCAGUUUUGUCUCGAAAUGCUGAAAAAAGGGUGGUUGUUGCGAGAGGUGCUGGUGGCUUUGGUUUUACAAUAGCAGGACAGCGACCGUGUGUAGUAUCAGCAGUCGCAACAAGUGGUCCCGCAGAAAGAGCGGGUUUACGAACUGGCGAUGCAUUGUUAGCCGUGGAUGGGACGAGUGUCGCUCGGUCGCCUCACGCGUCCGUCGCGCGGAUGAUAGCAGCUGCUGACGGGCCGAUAGCUCUAACUGUGGCUCCUAGGGAAUCACCUCCGACUGAUACAGAAGACACUGAACCAGAAGAACGUGCUAGAACACGAAGACGGUAUCCGCCUCCACGCCGGAGGCCGCAGCCUGCUGUGCUUCAUCAUCCAGGUUGCCAUGCAGCACCGAGUACUUCUGGUAUCAGUGAAAUUUUGCAAAACUUAAGUCGCGCUCAACUCGCACCUAACCAAGCGGCGCGUCUAGAAUGUCGAGCAGUUGUCGGCUACUUGGGGACUAUAGAAACUCCGCAAGCCGCUGCCAGCGGUGCGCCUGAGAACGUACGAAAUGCAGUGAGGAAGCUUCGACAAGAGAGAAGAGCAGCGACACCUGUUUUGUUAUCAGUUCUGCCAAACGCACUAUUACUGCGACGCCCAUCAGGCCAAGUUCUUGCUCAGUAUCAACGAGAGAGAAUUGUUUAUGCCGGUUGUGGUUCCGAUGCCGAUAGGCGAUUCUUCGGCUUAGUGACGGCUGCAGAAAUAACAGACUUAGAAGCCGAGGCGUCCCACUCCAGCCACGUAUUUGUAGUCGACCCAAGAAUAGCGGAACACGAUGCCCACGUCAGUAGAGCGCGUGAAUUUCAAAUUGCCUGUACACGAGAUCCCGUAGCAGAAAGAUGCUUAGAGUUUCCACCAUCUGCUGAAUAUGUGGUGGGUGUUAUACGAGGAAUGUAUUCUCUUCCGCCUGAUGAUUGUUCGAGUCCUGCGUUGCAACAGAUAUCGAAAUUGGCAGUGAAAGGUGAUAGCCCAGCUUUAGGAAAUUUCUCAAGAGGCAAUCGACCCGUGUUUAGACCCUUGCGCGAAAGGAGACCGUGCAGACACGAAGAAGUUAGAAUGGAGCCAGAAUUUGUAGCUAAUUCUCCACAGCCAAGUAAUCAUAGCGAAAUAACAACCACGUCAAGUAAUAGCGACUCCGGCAUCGGGUUUCAUAAUGAUUGCAGGAACAUUGCAGAUAGAAUUCUCGUGGUCGAUUUCGCUAACCAACCAGCACCAGGGCGGUUCCGCCAAGAAAUGCCCAGAAGGCCUUUAGGUUUGGUUGGUUGUAGCAGCUUCGAUGCUGACGGAUCUUUUCUUUCUAACACCACGCCCGUAGUGGAUGGCUUCAGUGGUCAAGGCAGACCGUUGAACUUGGAUGACGUUAUACUGAACGCGAAUGAUCUGGCCCGACAUGUCAGUCCACGCAACGAAGACGAUAACUACAAUUAUAACAACAUAUACGGAAAUGUACCAUCCAGCUCUCGAUAUAACGGUGUUGUUUACGAUCAGGUUUACACAGAGAAUGAAGGGCAUUACGAAUUUAUACCGCAAAACUUGGAUAUGGAUGAAAUAGACAGAGUAGCUGAGACAUUUAACUCUGUUGAAAUAUACGAGGAGCGGGCGAGACAUCCUGAUUACCAUUCGAACGAAUCUGUAGAGAAUGUGACUGUUAUAUCGGGUACAAGUAAAGUGAGCGUGGACUCGGUGUCCGUGUAUUCUUCGAGGAGUCAUGAGGAGGCGAGGCCAUCUAGACGAAAACACUUGCAGGCGUCUUUAGAUGAUAUGCUGGUUCUUGGAAUGCGUGAUCCUCAGCCUGUUGAGGAUAAGGAUGAUGGGAAGUUCUUGCAUCCUGCUAGUGUUAAGUGUAAGGUGCGCAAAUCGCUCAAGCCCCUCAACAUAAUAACGAAAACGAAGCACAUACUGAGCGGCAAGAGCGACAAGCCGAAGGGCGGGCGGCGGCGCUCGCUCAGCGCGGGCGCGGACGCGGCGCCGCCCGGCGACGCGCUGCCGGCCGCCGCCAGCGAGCCCGACCUGCGGGACGCGCAGAGCGAGCAGUCCUCCCCGUUCCGCCGCUGGACCACGGGCAGCGGCGCUGGUAGCUCCUACAGGCACCACGAACAUCGCAACAUUUAUAAUAAGCAAAUGAGCGAAGGUUCAAGCCCGGGGAGUGUGAAGGCAGGCGGCGGUGGGGGCGCGGGCGGCGGCGGCGGGGGCGGGGUGGCGCGGUGGUCGCUGGGGCUCGAGCACCUGCUGGCGGACCGCGCGGGGGCUGCGGCGUUCGCGCACUUUCUCGAUAAGGAGUUUGCCGCUGAAAAUAUUAGGUUCUGGUGGUCGUGCGAGCAGUACCGCACGUGCGCGGACGGCGAGGAGGCGCGCGCGCAACUCGCCAACGAGAUCUGGCAGCGGCACCUCGCGGACAAGGCGCCGGAGCCGAUCAACGUGGACGCGGCCGCCAAGCGCGCCGCGGCGCUGCGCCUCGCCCAGCGCCCGCUGCCGCACGACCUGUUCGCUCAGGCCCAGAAGCAGAUAUUCAACGUGAUGAAGUUCGACAGCUACCCGCGCUUCCUGCGCUCGGGCGUGCACGCUGAGUGCGCGCGCGCCGACCUGCGUGGCCUGCCCUGCCCGUACGACGCCGCGCCCAAGCUCAAGAAGUCGCCGUCCAACGCGUCGGAGCGGCGCCGCUCGGGCGGGCUGCUGGGCUGGCGCCGCCUCGCCGCCGGCGCCGCCGCCGCGCGCGAGCGGACCGACGACGAGCCGCCCGUUACCGACGUGGUAACGGCGAGUCAAACGAAUGGGUGUUCCCUGUGCCGGGUGGUGUUGCCGGGCGGAGCCACCACGGUGGUGGGCGUGGACAGCAACCUGACCGUCAGGCGGCUGGUGGACCGGCUGCUGCAGAAGAGGAACUUGCUGUGCACCGCAUACGAUGUUCUGCUUGAAGAGCAGGGCGCGUCCCGCGUGGUGGACGCGGAGGCGGCGUCGAGCGUGCUCGGCGGCAAGUGCGCCGUCGUGGAGCGGCGCUGCGUCGUGCGCGUGCAGGUGGGCGCGCGCGGCGUGCUCGUGCGCUGCCGGCCCGCGCGCCGCCUGCGCCACGUGCUGCGCCCGCUGCUGGCGCGCUACCCGCCCGCCGCGCCGCCCCGCGCGCCGCCCCGCGCGCGCCCGCUGCCGCCCGACACGCUGCUGCAGGACUUAGACGGAGCUCGUCUCCAGAUCGUGGAAGUGGGGGAGGGGGACUGGCAAGCCGUGCUGGUGAGCGAACCGCGAGGCGAGGGGGGCGAGGGGCGCGACGGGGCGGGGGGCGAGGGGAGUGAGGGGGGCGACGACAGCGGGGAGGGGGACGCCGACUCGCUGGCUGACCUGGCGCUGAGGCACGAUGAGGACACCUUGAGCAUAGACCGCAAUUCAGGCAGCUCAGGCGGCUUCCCCGACACCAUGUCUAUCAGAAGCAGCGGACCCCUGCCCCCGUCGGGGCCCUCGCCCCUUGGGCCCCAGCCCCACGGGCCCGCCAACCGCGUGCGCGCCACGCUACGACCGGGGCCCCCGCUGCAUCACCACCCACCUGAUUUCCUUGAGAACCUCCGCGAAACGCAGCGGCAGCGGUUGCAACCGCGCACGCCACCGCCGCUACCGCCCAAACCGACUCACCGACCAGCGCCCACACUCGUCUGACGUGACCGUAGACAAGAGCGAGUCGAAGAAUCAUUGUGGCACAUGAAUUGUGUGACCAAUAGUUGCACAUUAGUUGUGUGACCAUAGACAAGUCGAACAAGUUACACAUUUACUGUGGGAAAUGGAACCAUAGACAAGUCGUGCGAGCUAUGGAAAUUCAUGCAUAUGAAUGAAAUGACUCCAUCGAGCAUCUGUGACUUCAUGUUCUUUCGUUUAUAAGAAUUUGUUGUGAGAGAGAAGUGGAAAA